CAGUACAGCUCGGCUGAGUCAGUGGCUGUAAAAAAAUGAAUUGAAUUAAUAUCCAGGGGGCUUGCGUCUCUGUGCAUUUAAUAGACUGAAUAGCUGUGGGAAACGAUGCUAGAAAGUGGAGCUGGCUAACGGUGCCAUGGAGUACUGAGAGGAGGAUGAAAAUAGCAAAUAUGCUGAACUUAGCAAGUAAUGCCAGAGGAUGCUGAGCUGGCUUCUGAACCUGCCGCCUGGAAAGGAGCAGAUUUCCUUUGUACUUUGGUCUCGAUAUUUUCCCCGUGUUUUUGCGUUUCUACCUUGCUGUACACAAAAAGCAGUACUUCUCCUCGCGUUGCUAAAGGAGAUUGCAACAGGAUGAGUCUCCAUGGUGCUAGUGGUGGACACGAAAGGUCACGAGAUCGACGUCGGUCAAGUGACCGAUCACGUGAUUCAUCACAUGAAAGACUGGAGUCUCAGCUCACUCCGUGUAUCAGAAAUGUUACGUCACCAACAAGACAACAUCAGGGAGAGCGUGAGAAAGAUCACAGUUCGUCUCGGCCAAGCAGCCCUCGUCCUCAGAAAACCUCUCCAAAUGGUUCCAGUUGUAGUCUCGGGAACAGCAGUAGAAACAGUAGCCAGUCAAGCUCAGAUGGGAGUUGCAAGAAUGCUGGAGAAAUGGUUUUUGUGUAUGAAAAUGCCAAAGAGGGAGCUCGGAACAUCAGGACCUCGGAGCGAGUAACUCUGAUAGUGGACAAUACUCGAUUCGUUGUAGAUCCUUCUGUAUUUACUGCACAGCCAAAUACGAUGUUGGGCAGGAUGUUUGGAUCUGGAAGAGAGCAUAACUUCACACGGCCCAAUGAGAAAGGAGAGUAUGAAGUGGCUGAAGGAAUUGGCUCCACUGUGUUUCGUGCUAUUCUGGACUACUACAAAACUGGGGUGAUACGUUGUCCUGAUGGAAUAUCAAUUCCUGAACUAAGAGAAGCUUGCGACUAUCUCUGUAUUUCUUUUGAUUAUAGUACUAUCAAAUGUAGAGAUCUCAGUGCUCUUAUGCAUGAAUUAUCAAAUGAUGGUGCUCGGAAGCAGUUUGAGUUUUAUCUUGAAGAAAUGAUACUCCCUUUGAUGGUAGCCAGCGCUCAAAGCGGAGAAAGAGAAUGUCAUAUUGUGGUGCUCACAGAUGAUGAUGUGGUUGAUUGGGAUGAAGAGUACCCUCCUCAGAUGGGAGAGGAGUAUUCACAAAUUAUUUACAGUACAAAGUUGUACAGAUUUUUCAAGUACAUCGAAAACAGAGACGUGGCCAAAUCAGUCCUGAAGGAAAGGGGACUUAAGAAGAUUCGAUUAGGUAUAGAAGGUUACCCUACAUAUAAGGAAAAGGUUAAGAAGCGGCCCGGUGGGAGGCCAGAGGUAAUCUACAAUUAUGUCCAAAGGCCUUUCAUACGGAUGUCAUGGGAGAAAGAGGAAGGGAAAAGUCGGCACGUUGAUUUCCAGUGUGUAAAAAGUAAAUCUAUUACCAAUCUGGCAGCGGCGGCAGCAGACAUUCCUCAGGACCAGCUAGUAGUGAUGCACCCCACCCCCCAGGUGGAUGAGCUGGAUAUUCUGCCCAUUCAUCCUCAGCCCAGCAACACUGAUGUGGAUCCCGAGGGACAGAACCUGCCACUCUGAUCCAGCUGCUUGUUUGAACAAAAGCAUGCUAUUAUAAAAAAUGAAGAUGCUGUCUUGAGCUCAUACUGCACUGCAAUUCCAGCUUCUCUCCAUUGUGUAAUGAACAUAAAAUGUAUUAGGAUGUUGCAGUAUGGACUUAAAAAAAAAAGACCAAAGCAGGAUCAGAUUAUGGCUUUUAGGAGUUCAGGAGUAACAUCGUGAGGUUUGGUUAUAUACCUGCAUUUGUUCACCAGUAGGUUUUGUGGUAUUGGUUACUUGUAUGUGGACUGUCCUCAUCCCAAGGCGCUGCCUCAGAAAUAGCAGGAGUCAGAGGCUACUACUGUUAAUUCAGUAUUUUGUUACACAGUGGGCAAACUGCAGAUUUCAAAUUGAUAGUGGCACUUUAUAAAUGGUGGACAAACAGAAUUCUCAAAGCCAUUUUUAUAGUCAUGCACAAUGUUGACUAACAAAGUGCUUCUAUCAGACUUUCUAUUCAGCUAAAAUGUAAAUAGUUUGUUCUGAAUAGAAGUGAUGAAUCUACUUAACUUUGUUCUCUUAUGAAUGAGCACAAAAUUAAUUCUUGCCACUUGGGGUUUAUGGAUUGUGAGGCUGCAAUUCAA